AUGUUCCUAUCGGACCCGUCCAAGUACAGACAUCAAAUGUUGAUCCGCAUAAAUGUUUUCCUGGCAUUGGUAAUAGGCAGUAGCCUGCUUCUGUUGGGAUUAAUCUAUUGCUUUGUAUCAAAUAAUGGUAUUCAUAACCAUGAAUUUCAAGUGUCAAACAAAAACGAGUUUCAGGUUUUUGAAACUGUUGAAUCUGAACACAGUACAGAUCUUAUUAAUAAACUGAAAAAAGAUCUUGCUACCGCAAAUGAGAAAAUAGAACAACUCGAAAACAAGAUGCAAGGGUUUGAAGAACGUAUCAGAAAGCCUUAUCCAAAUGUAAAAUAUUUAAACUACCGUUCAAAAAAACGUAUUCUGGUUACUGGUGGUGCUGGUUUUGUUGGAUCUCAUUUGGUUGAUAAAUUGAUGAAAGCCGGUCAUGACAUUACUGUUGUAGAUAAUUUUUUCACUGGAGUUAAAGCAAAUGUUGAACAGUGGAUUGGUCAUGCUAACUUUGAGUUAAUUCAUCAAGACAUAGUCAAUCCUCUUUUUGUUGAAGUAGAUGAGAUUUAUCAUUUAGCUUCACCUGCAUCCCCUCAACAUUACAUGUUCAACCCAGUAAAAACAAUUAAGACUAAUACAAUAGGAACAAUUAAUAUGUUAGGACUGGCAAAGCGAGUAGGUGCCAAAGUCUUAAUUGCAAGCACUUCUGAAGUCUAUGGUGAUCCUGAAGUACACCCACAACCAGAAACCUAUUGGGGACAUGUCAAUCCCAUUGGUCCACGCGCUUGUUAUGAUGAAGGUAAAAGAGUUUCUGAAACAUUGAGUUAUGCGUAUGCAAAGCAUGAAAAAGUAUCAGUUCGUGUCGCCAGAAUAUUUAAUACGCAUGGACCUCGAAUGCAUAUGAAUGACGGACGGGUAGUUUCCAACUUUAUAUUACAGGCUCUCCGAAAUGAACCGAUUACUGUAUACGGUAGAGGUAAUCAAACACGUUCAUUUCAAUAUGUAUCUGAUCUAGUAAAUGGACUGAUUGCCUUAAUGGAUUCCAAUUAUACCCAGCCAGUCAAUCUUGGAAACCCAACUGAACAUACCAUUAACGAAUUUGCUGUAAUAAUUAAAGGGUUGGUUGGUGGAAAAAGUAAAGUAAUCACAACACCUGCUGUAGAAGAUGACCCACAAAGAAGAAAACCAGACAUUACAAGAGCAAUGACUUACCUAAAUUGGAAGCCUAAGGUGGGUUUAAAAGAAGGUUUAAAAAUGACAAUUGACUACUUUAAACAAGAAAUAAAGAAAUCACAAAAAACUGUUUGA